AUGGACGAGCAGUCCAGCAUCACGAGUGGCCUCCUCUCGACUCUGCAAUCAUACUUCAUGAUGUUUUUAUCCUGGGAAACGUCAACUUUCCCCAUCUGGAGCGUGUCUGCAGGAGUCCUGAUUGGCCUCACAGUUGCUUUCUCCAUUCUCUACGAGCUCUACUGGUCCCCACUCAGUGACUUCCCGGGCCCAAAGCUCUGGGCCAUCACCCGCCUCCCCUGCAGAUCUCCGUCAUCCGGGGCAAGCACCAUCUAG